GCUUACACUCCAGCGACCACGAGCUUCUACAACCCUAACACCAGCCAGCCAAGUAUUCUUUCGACCUAAAGUGACGACAACCAGACGCUUGACUUAUUACCACACGCCCUUUCGUUCCCCCAUCUUUGAUCAUGACGCUCGCUGAGGAAUUCCGCUCGAGAAACUUCAGUAUCUACGGACAAUGGACGGGAGUGGUGUGCAUUGUCCUCUGCAUCGCCCUCGGCAUUGCCAACAUCUUUUCUUUUAACGCGGUCCGCAUCGUCUUUAGCAUCAUUUGCCUUGUUUCCGGAUUUAUUCUCGUCUUCAUCGAGGUGCCCUUUCUGCUCAGAAUAUGCCCUACCUCCGAAAAGUUCGACACCUUUAUUCGACGUUUCACUACUAAUUGGAUGCGCGCCGCCAUGUACGCCAUUAUGAGUGCUCUGCAGUGGGUCAGUCUUGUCUCCGGUGCGUCGAGCUUGAUCGCAGCAGCUGUUCUUCUCCUUCUCGCAUCUCUCUUCUAUGCUUUGGCGGGCUUGAAGAGCCAGGAGUUUGUUGGAAGCAAGACAUUGGGUGGUCAAGGGAUUGCGCAAAUGAUUGUCUGAGAGAUGCCAAUAUGAAAAGUGGCAGACGAUGCCUUGAGGUAUGUUCGGCCCCUAGAUAGCUCGUCUCAACACACUUGUGCCGACUAGCAACGCUCUUGGUGCUGACGGUAAUACCUUACAAGGGAUAAUAACCAGGCCGAGGAAAUGGGUAAAUAAAACAGGAGCCGCGCGGGGUAUGGGAGGAAAGUGUUUGUGUUGAAUGUGCCAUGAUCACGAAUUGAUAUCGUCCUCGACGACGCUACUAACCGGUCUUUUGUACUUUUAUUUUUAUAUUGGGUGGGUAAGAAGAGAAGAAAAGGGAAAAAAAAGAGAAAAGGAAGGGAAAGGGGAAGAAAAAAAAUAUUAAACUACCACAACUUCUUAUGAGGUUUUAGUCGUGUGUGUUUUGGAAGUGAAUUUGGUCGAGUUGCCUUCGCGCUGUACUGAUUGAGGGUGCUUUUCGUUGCUUUGUCGUUUUAUUUUUGCCUUUAUUAUGCCUGCUGAUCAUCCUGCUGCCUUACAUCACGCUUUAGACGAGUCCUGUAUCCUUACAAGUAUACCUAGCGAGAAUACCCUUUUAGCAUCCUGGCGAUGAAUGAAAUGAUAUGAAGGGGUGAAGGUUAAUUGUCGCGGUUCCAUGAAUUCAGUUAGGUAGAGAGAUGAUCAGGGAAAUUGAAUAUGUUUAUAUUGAAA